GUUACCCUUUGUAGUCCUGGGCUUUCCCCAGUGAAUGGAACACACCUAUACGAGCGCCACAUUUCUGCACUCUAUGUAUUGACAUAAAGGCUUAGUUGCCUUUGGACAAGUGACACAUGACAAACUCUCCUGGUCCAGGUACACAGCUCGGUCGCUGGAGCCGUUAACAAAGAUAUUUACCUGGAGCCCGUGCCUCCAACACAGCGUCGCUUCAUCUCGGCCACCAUGACCUCCAAGACCAGUGGAAAGAGAGCUUCUGUGGCCAGUGUCCGGAUAAACCUGGACGCCCCUGACAAGUCGGCACUGAAAAUGCCUAUAAGAAGUAAGCCGUCUCUGGGUAACGUGUCGAUCAGUAACCAAGCCUCCUGGAGUCUAUCUGGUCUGCUCGCUGCCCAGAGGAUGACCAAGAACCUGAAGGAGAGGAGAGCCCAGAAGGUGGCGCUGGUGAAGAAGACAGAGAUUGUGGAGCCUCAGCCUCCAUCCUUUGCCUCUCGGCCGCCGGAGAAGGUCCAGCUCUCCGCCAUAAGGCACAUUUUGGAAGGCUACCUCCCGCUGCGGCUGGGGAACACCACCUACGACCCCAAGAAAGUUCCGUUGCUAGUGAAGGAGAUCAGCGAGGAGAUCAAAAGCCAGGUGAAGAAGGUCCUGCCGGCGCGCUACAAGACGCUCUGCGUGGCCACGAUGGGCGAGAGAGGUCAGGAAGACAUUAAAGUGGUUAGCCGCUGCCUCUGGGACCCCCAUGCUGACAAUUACGCAGCGCACGUGUACCAGAACGACAGCCUCUUCUGUGUGGUGUCCGUGUACACUGUGUUCUGCGAGUGACUCUAUAGGUCCUGUCCAUCGUCCGUGCCAUCCCUGCUCCGGAUCGAAGGACACCGCCCUGCUCAUAGAAAACAUGAGGAAAAUCUGCUCUUGCUGUUAGCAACCAAUCUGGUUCUGCUGUUUUUUUGUGCCGCUCUAUCAUGAGACAGCUAUAUAGGGUUAAUCACGGGCACCAUGGAUCCCCUGUGUGGGAUUGUAUUGGGCCGUGCACAGCGCCCGGUGUCCGACUAAAAGGGACACUUUGGGGAAGUAACCAACACUGACCAAUCACCAUGGCUCCAGUGUGGGGAGCUGUCCAGCGGCGGCUCUAGCGCCUCCCCCAGGGUGACCCUGAUUAGACAUCUUAUUGAAAGAGCCUCUGAUGGAGCAGGUAUCCCAAAUCACACAGGUUUACAGCAUGUGAUAUGUAUCCUGGCGGCCAUUGUACUGCUACAUACGGAACUCACCUCAAAGUCAUUAUCAGCCCCCACCUCUGGGCAUUGAGUAUCACAUGUAUGUCAUAUAUCAAUACACGUCACAUGUAUGUCAUAUAUCAAUACACGUCACAUGUAUGUCAUAUAUCAAUACACGUCACAUGUAUGUCAUAUAUCAAUAC